AAAAUGGAUUGUUCCCACCGAUCAGACUUGCCUAUAAAAGACGAGAGUUCGCCUUCCACUCCAGCCACUUCCAUUUUCUACAGACAAGCAAAACAACGUCCUCAGCAACACAGACAUCAUGAAGGUCCUCGUCAUCCUCGCUCUUAUGGCAUUCGCUGCCUACCAGGUAACAGAUGCUCGUAUGAACGCCUUCACCUGUUCCACCACAGACUGCUUCAGCUACCUUGACGGUCCAUUCUGCAUCUCCAACGGCUCCGUCGUCUGUGACAACUGCAUCCGGGACAAGAUGCUUUGCGCUGACACCAGCCUCAGCUCCUCCGACUGCAACCAGCCCUGCGAUAAAUAGGACUGAUUAUAUGACGAUAUAGAUAGUUGAUGAAUGUAAACUUGAUGGCCUAUUCACAUCAAUAAAUAUUGUGCAGCAA